GGUUAGGAAGCUUGGACACGUCCGGCGCACUGAUUGGUCGAUCGGUUCGGUAGGGAGUUUGACGGAGAUGUCGUGGUGGCUGGUUUUGUCGGCUGUAGGCGGAGUGGCACCUCCGGGCCGGGUCAGGCAAGGAUGAAGGCGCUGAUCUUGGUGGGGGGCUAUGGCACGCGACUGCGGCCCCUGACCCUCAGCAUCCCGAAGCCCCUGGUGGAAUUUUGCAACAAGCCUAUCCUGCUGCACCAGGUGGAGGCUCUGGUGAAGGCAGGUGUGAACCAUGUGAUCCUUGCUGUCAGUUAUAUGUCAGAACUGCUGGAAAAGGAGAUGAAAGAACAAGAGCAAAGGCUGGGCAUUCACAUUUCCCUGUCGCAUGAGAAGGAACCACUGGGCACAGCUGGACCCCUGGCACUAGCACGGGAGCUGUUGACUGAGAACGCAGAGCCUUUUUUUGUGCUCAACAGUGAUGUGAUCUGCGAUUUCCCCUUCAAAGACAUGGUGCACUUCCACAGGCAUCAUGGAAAAGAGGGCACCAUUGUGGUGACCAAAGUGGAGGAGCCCUCCAAAUACGGCGUCGUGGUGUGUGAGUCAGAUACAGGGCGCGUACACCGCUUUGUGGAGAAACCCCAAGUUUUUGUUUCCAACAAGAUCAACGCUGGCAUGUACAUCUUAAACCCAAGCGUGCUACAGCGGAUCGAGCUGCGGCCUACCUCGAUUGAGAAGGAGAUAUUCCCAGUGAUGGCAGAACAAGGACAACUCUAUGCCAUGGAACUGCAGGGAUUCUGGAUGGACAUUGGGCAGCCCAAAGACUUUCUGACCGGCAUGUGCAUGUAUCUGCAAUAUCUACGGCUGAAACAUCCCGAGAGGCUGCACUCAGGACCGGGUUUCAUGGGGAACGUAUUAGUGGACCCAACUGCCAAGAUUGGAUCGAACUGCAGUAUUGGUCCCAAUGUCACCAUUGGGGCAGGAGUGGUGAUAGAGGACGGGGUUCGGAUCAAACGUUGCACUGUGCUGAAGGGGUCACGGAUCCGAUCUCAUUCGUGGCUGGAGUCCUGCAUUGUUGGCUGGAGCUCCUCUGUAGGCCAGUGGGUACGGAUGGAGAAUGUGUCAGUGCUGGGAGAGGAUGUCAUUGUGAACGAUGAACUGUACCUCAAUGGUGCCAACGUGCUGCCUCACAAAUCCAUUGCUGAGUCUGUACCAGAGCCACGCAUCAUCAUGUAGCUGUCCUGGGCCUUGAGUAUUGGACCUGCAGAGAGGGCCCUCCCUGUCUUACCCUCUUACAAGGGGAAUCCCCACCCUGUGCCUUGGGAGCGGGGGCUCCUUGUUGACUUUUAUGCUGAGAAAAUACUAACCUUCUGCUGGAAUCCUAGGAGUGUAGUGGGAUAAGGAGGUUUGUAAGCUGGCUGGAGUGCUCCUCAGAAUCACUGCUUAGCAUAAGGCACGAUGACCUGGGCCAGCUCCAGGGGUUGUCCAGUGCCACAGGCCAUUGAGCUACUACUGGAAAGUAACCCUAAGGUGCAAAGAGGAAGAUGCUUGCUUGCGUGGUUCUGCAGUAGGAGUUCAGCUGCUGCAAGAGAACAGUCCCAGGCAGGCCCGGUGAGGAGAAAGAACAGCAUGCUGUGCUUUUAUUUCAGGAUAACACGAGCUGCUCAUGUUGCACAAAGGGAAGACAGAAUACAAUCCUCUUCUUUGGAACUCUACUGCCUUACAGAGACUGAUCCUUCUCUCUUCCCUCCAUAUGGCCAAUAAUCACUAACUAUUACUAUUCAAGAACUCUGGACAGGGCUCUGUCAAUUAAUGGGGACGGGGAAUGAAAUUAUAUUGUCAUGAAGAAUGGGA